UUCCAGUGAAAAAAUGGGUCAGGUCUGUUGUUGUACGAUUGAAACGGUUGAAAUUCCAUUCUAUCCGUUUCAUGAGCGCGUGCAUAUCUUGAGGAAGAUUGAAGACAAUCUUGAGAGAGGAUACCACGAUGAUGCCAAAUAUUUAGUGACUCAGCUAUGCAAAAAUUUACAAGUAACAAGAGAAACAAAGCUGAUUUCAAACUUAGGAUUGGUGGAUCUGUUACAAUUACCAGAUUUCCUGGUCGACAGACAGGCACACGACUUUUUACGAAGGCUGCAAGAAGCACUUUCUGACAAGAACAUCCGCCAUGCCGUCCACGUGUGCAAACACCUCAUCUCUUACUUUAACUUCAAAAUUACCAAAGAUAACGAACACGACAUCGAUCGUGUGAACCGCAAAAGCCUCGCUUCAAAGAACCGUCAUGAGGUCCGAAUAACAGGCGUAAACUUGGCAUACGAGAAAAACUUUAAACUAAUUAAAGCUAUGAUAUCAAGGAAUCCUAAAUUACGUAAGAUUACUAUAAGUUUUUGUGGCCUGACUACCAAUCAAGCUUACCAACUCCUGGUCUUAUUAUCUAAAGAAAAACACCUUUAUUAUAUAGGUUUCAGGGGAAACGAACUGACCAAUAGAUUUGUAAAUAUUCUACAAACGCUUCUCGAAGAUUCCAAAAAUUUCCCAGUUCUUUGUUGGGUUGAACUUAAAAAUAACAAUAGAAUCAACUGGCUUCCAGAGGACCUCAUGAUCCUGUUGCGCAAGAGGUGGCGAAAGAGGUUCAGAGAUAGUAAAUUUUGUAAACACGAUAAAGAAGAUGCAAGUAUGAUGGCGGCAAUAGAAGCGGUUGUACUACUGAAUGAGAGGAUCAAACGACAUGCUCUUGAACAGAAGGACAAUCCUGAACAACAGCAACAGACUACAUGCUGAAUAAUUUAUGUUUUAUUACUAUGAUUAUACAUUAUAAGGAUUGUGAUA